GCCCCCGGCUGCUCCUCCUCCUCCUGGGCCCGGACUCGUAGGCAGAGGGAAGCCCGGGGGACCGGGGAACACUCCUCGGUAUCGCAGUGGAUGUAAGGGCCGGGGUUGUGCUGCCGGCACAUCAGUAUGAGUCACUCCCCGGUGCAGCCCGGCCUGCCUGGGAUACAGAGUCUUAAAGCUGAUCCAGAGGAACUGUUCAGAAAACUAGAGAAAAUAGGCAAAGGCUCAUUUGGAGAAGUCUUUAAAGGAAUUGACAAUAGGACUCAGAAAGUUGUUGCCAUAAAAAUUAUAGAUCUGGAAGAAGCAGAAGAUGAAAUAGAGGAUAUUCAGCAAGAAAUAACUGUGCUUAGUCAAUGUGAUAGCCCCUACGUGACCAAGUAUUAUGGCUCUUAUCUUAAGGACACAAAAUUAUGGAUCAUUAUGGAAUACCUUGGAGGAGGCUCUGCUCUGGAUCUAUUAGAACCUGGUCCUUUAGAUGAAACACAGAUUGCAACCAUUUUACGGGAAAUCUUAAAGGGACUUGACUACUUGCAUUCAGAGAAGAAAAUUCACAGGGAUAUUAAAGCUGCCAAUGUGCUGUUAUCUGAACACGGGGAGGUGAAAUUAGCUGACUUUGGUGUUGCAGGACAACUUACUGACACACAGAUCAAAAGGAACACCUUUGUUGGAACUCCAUUCUGGAUGGCACCAGAAGUUAUAAAGCAGUCUGCAUAUGAUUCCAAGGCAGAUAUCUGGUCCCUGGGCAUAACUGCUAUUGAACUGGCAAAAGGAGAGCCUCCUCACUCAGAGCUACAUCCCAUGAAAGUCUUGUUCCUUAUACCCAAGAACAAUCCUCCCACACUGGAAGGGAACUACAGCAAGGGUCUGAAGGAGUUUGUAGAAGCCUGCUUAAACAAGGAGCCCAGUUUUAGACCCUCAGCUAAGGAACUGCUGAAACACAAGUUUAUUAUGCGAAGUGCAAAGAAAACCUCCUACUUAACAGAGCUCAUAGACAGAUACAAGAGAUGGAAGAUAGAACAGGGCCAUGAAGCCUCCAGCUCAGACUCUGAGGAGGAAGAAGUAGAUCAAGCUGCUGGCAGCGAGAAGGAUUAUUGGAACUUCACAAGAAGAAAGAGAGACUUGAAGAACUUGGAGCCCAUUCCUGCACAGCCAGAAGAGGUUAAAGACAUUCCCAAACGGCCAUUGUCUCAGUGCUUAUCUACAAUUAUGUCUCCUUUAUUUGCAGAGCUGAAGGAGAAGAGUCAAGCGUGUGGCGGGAACGUAGGCUCAAUAGAGGAACUGAGAGAGGCAAUUUAUUUAGCUGAAGAGGCCUGUCCGGGUAUCUCGGACUCCAUGGUAUCACAGCUUCUUAUUAGGCUUCAGAGGUAUUCCGUUAAUGGAGUGGACUCUUCCUCGCACUGAAGAAUGUUUUCCUCCUUUUUAAGGCAAAAAUGGACCUUGCAUUAUUAUCCCUAUCGUACUUGCCUCUGCUCAUGGAUAUCACAGGACAUGGACAUUCCUGAAUGAUGAGUGACUAAACAUAGGGAAAUGGUGAAAGCUAUAGUUUUUAUGAUUUUCUUUUCCUUUUUUUUUUUCUAAUCAUAGUACGAAUAUAUAAAAAUGUAAAAACAAAAAACUCUGCAAAGUACUGUGAUAAGGCAAAUGAAGAUAUUGUGAAACCUCAGGUAUCUUGCUUUAAGCAGUCAGUUCUGCUGGAGAUGGAAUGAAAGCUCUGUGCAAUUCUUGUACAAUAAAUUACUCCAUCAGAUGCCUCAGCCUUCCUUCCUCAAGCGGCUGUCAGCUCCCAGCAUGCCCCAGCAGUUGAAGGGUAUGAAUACUGGGUAAUGCAAAUCACAGCAGCUGGAGGGACGUGGGCUGACAUCCCAGCUUUACAGUUGACUAUUUACUAGAGUUUGCCAACCUACAAACUGACCCAGGGCAUCCCUAGUUGCAAGAGGGGAAUGGAGCCACACACGCUUUGUGUAUGGAUUUCAUGUUUGGCAGCCAUACUUAUGUUUUAUGUUCAUGGUUUAAGUCAAGCGCCAAGUGAGUUUUGUUACCUACAUAUAGAAGCCCCUUUGGACAUCUGUUAGAUAAAACCAGUUUAAUGUUUUGUCAGAAUACAUAUGACAUUGUACAGUAUUGCUAUUUUCUUCAGAACACACGCAGUGGCAUUUAGAUAUGUCUUCAGUACAUUUAUCGAUACAUAUUAUUUGUAUAUACUUUAAAAGACAGAGGAUCGGUACUGUCACAAUGGAGUUUUAAUGUUUUUAAUUUAUAGAUAUGUCUGAAAUAUGUAAGGCACAGCCUCAUCACUAGGAUAAGUUAUGAGAAUAUUAUAACCCUAUACGUACAGAAA